CCGACUCAACGAAGAAGGAAGCGUAACCUGCGUAACCAGCGCAUUGACGUCACACGGUUUGGCAACCGGCGCGCUCCGCGGCAGAGCGGCGUGUGUUCCUUUUCGUUUCCCUGGAAGUUAGUCUUUGUGAGUCAUCAUGGCUUCAGAUGACAUUUCUCAGCUGGCUGAUGCUCUUUCCAAGACCCACGUCGGGGAUGGAGAGUUGAGCUAUAAAGGCUUGGGGCUGAAGCUGGACAAUGCUGAAUCAGUGGAGGAGCUGGUCCGUGAGAUAGAGCAGUACCACGGUCUGAGAGCUCUGCGCCUGGAGGGGAACACUGUGGGAGUAGAUGCAGCUCGGGCCAUUGCCAAGGCUCUGGAGAGCAAAGACCAGCUCCAGAGAUGCUACUGGAGCGACAUGUUCACCGGAAGAUUGCGCGCUGAAAUCCCAACAGCCCUGAGGUCUCUUGGCAGUGCGUUAAUGAGUGCGGGGGCCAGGCUGACGGAGCUGGACCUGAGCGAUAACGCCUUUGGGCCAGAUGGUGUAAAGGGAAUCGAGCAGCUGCUGAAAAGCCCUUCCUGCCACAGUUUAAGGGAGCUGAAGCUCAACAACUGCGGCAUGGGGAUCGGAGGAGGAAAGAUCCUGGCUGAGGCUCUGAUUGAGGGCCACAGACGGUCAUCAGCAGAGGGAGCUCCUCUCAAACUGAGAGUGUUCAUCGCAGGGAGGAACCGCCUGGAGAAUGAAGGAGCCAGCGCCCUGGCUAAGGCCUUUCAGCUGAUCGGCAGUCUGGAAGAAGUCCACAUGCCUCAGAACGGGAUCAACUACGCAGGUGUGACAGCGUUAGCUUCAGCCAUGAGACACAACGCAGAGCUCCGCGUCCUCAACUUCAACGACAACACCUUCACUAAAAAGGGAACUCUGGCCAUGGCACAGGCUCUGAGGCAUCUGAGGAACGUUCAGGUGAUCAACUUCGGGGACUGUCUGGUCCGCUCUGAAGGAGCCAUCGCCCUCGCUGCCGUCCUCAGAGAGGGACUACCGAUCCUCAAGGAGCUCAAUCUGUCAUUUGGAGAAAUCACCGAGGCAGCAGCUCUGGUGGUGGCUCAGGCUGUCAUGGACAAACCUCACAUGGAGAAAGUGGAUCUGAACGGUAACUGUCUGGGGGAGGAGGGCUGUGAGGCUUUGAGGGAAGCCAUGGAAAACAUGGAGAAAGGAGACAUGCUGGCAUCACUCAGUGAUGAUGAAGGAGAACCCGAGGAAGAGGAUGAGGACAAUGAUGAUGAUGACGACGACGAUGAUGAUGAUGAUGAAGAUAGCAGCGACGACUGUCAUGAAGAUAAUGAAGAGGACGAAAUUGUGAAGGAAAAUGGAAUCACAAGGAAAGACGACAGUCCGGAAAAACCUCAGAUUUCAGCAGAGAUCAUGUCCUUCCUCAGCUCUCCGUCUGCAGAGAAACUCCUCCAGCUGGGAGAGACGAGGACAAAGCUGCAGCAACAGGUGGAUGCAGCUGAUCCACUCAAGGCUGCUGAUGUCCUUCUGAAAGUCGCUUCUUUGUACAGCGAGGAACCAGAGACCAAGACUGCUGUCCUUGAAACUAUUGAUGCCGUUCUGAAGAAGCUCCUCUCUGGCUCCGCCCUCCAGUCCUCCUGCUUCCUGUCCACUCUGCUGGUCAUGAUGGGGCUCCUCAAGGGAGAGGGGAAAAUGAAAAAGGUGCCACUGGUCCCAGGUCAGCUGUUGUGUUUGGAGCACGCUGUCCAGCAGGAAUACUUCACCCAGCACCACGCCUCGCUGCUCCACACCUGCAUGUCCAAGAGCAGUGAAGCUCUGGAGUCGUGCAGCAGCGCCAGCGAGAGGCUGAGCUCCACUCUGGAGAAGAUGUGCCACGACCAACACUGACGCCACUGACCAACCAACCACUGCCAGUACGACACUGGGACAACAGGCACACACUGUACCGACUUUAAUGUCUUCAACAGAAAGCCACAGGGAAGCUUUACACUUGAACAAGGGACUCAGACAACCACUUAACGUGUCUCCACUCCUGAUUUGUAUAUUUUAUGAAGGCAAGAACUGUCCAGAAUGUCUUAGUUUUUAUUUUUCUACUUAUGGUUGUGUCUUAUAUUUUUAUAAUAAUAAUAAAAAAAUAUAGAAAUACACAUCAGUUAACCUUUUGGGUGAAUGUGUAAAGAACAAAACUGAUUGUAAGCUGGAGUGGAGCUAACAUUAGAGAAUGUCCAGUUAUAUGUAGGUUCAUAAUUCACUGUUUAACAACACAAAGCAUUUAUUUCAGACAGGUAAUCUACAUAGCUACAGGUUCUCUGCAUAGCUACGGGUUCUCUACAUAGCUACGGGAAUUUCAGGGUUAACAGAUUAUUUGCAGGUCUUCAUUAAUAUAGAAAUUGUAUGGUAAAUUUUGGCAAAUAAUGGCAGAUAUUCAGUGUUGGGAUAAAUGUGCAGCUACAGAUUUGCUGUAUUUCUAGACGUAUACCUCACAUACUCUGAUAUUUGUUGCUGUGAGAAUGUUGUUAAUGAGUGCUGGAACAGAAAGGCCAAGACAAUUAUUAAUGUAACUCAUACUGAACAAAACAACUACAAUCUAUAAAUCCAAAAUAAAUGACUUAAAAAAUAAA